AUGGGGUCUGUCAACACGCCGGCUAAUCCAAAGACGCGUGCGACCUCACACUGGGGGCCUGGCUACAUUCUCACCAUCCCUCACACAAUCAUAUCUCCCCUCAUACGUCGGGACGCACCCGGCCACGUAUGGGGUCUGUCAACACGCCGGCUAAUCCAAAGACGCGUGCAACCUCACACUGGGGGCCUGGCUACAUUCUCACCAUCCCUCACAAAAUCAUAUCUCCCCUCAUACAUCGGGACGCACCCGGCCACGUAUGGGUCUGUCAACACGCCGGCUAAUCCAAAGACGCGUGCGACCUCACACUGGGGGCCUGGCUACAUUCUCGCCAUCCUUCACACAAUCAUAUCUCCCUUCAUACGUCGGGACGCACCCGGCCACGUAUGGGGUCUGUCAACAUAA